AUCCCUCCCUGUGCAUCUGUGGGGCGUUCGUACUGCACAUGUGCGGAACGUAUUCAGCCAGUAGCCUUUUUGUAUACAGCUAAAAUAGAAAUCGAUUUAAUUGUUUCUGUUGGUGAAUUGGGUCGGCAUCUUUUUAUUUAGUACCAGUGCUUUUGACGUGAGUCGCUCGUUACUAAAUACUGACCAUUAGCAGACUAUGUAGGUUACCGAAAUGGGGAACGAUACGUUUUUAACGUUAUUGAUAGUAGCGUCAGCAACAGCGUCGACACACGUCCACAAUGCUGUUGAAACAGAAAUGUUUGCGAUCCCCAUCAGCCCCAAUCUGUUUAACUGGACUUAUCAAGAAUUCGACCAGCAGUACCGUUUUCAUGCAGCUAUGCGCGGGAAACCUGAGUUACCGUCAUGGCUUCGCUACAUCUACAGUGGAAGACACCACUCGGGAUUCAUAUUCGGAACUCCACCUCGAGGGACCAACAAACCGAUAACCUUGGAAGUCAUAGGCCUAAAUCGUCAAGAUUAUGAAACUCGAAGGGUUCUGUUAUCCAUCAAAGUACAGCCGAAGGAAAGCAUGGCGCGACACGAAGUUGAACUGAAGAUCGACAAUCUGAAUGUGGAAGAUUUACUGGAUGAUCACAGGAUGACUCGUCUCAAGGACAUCCUGAAGACCAGGCUCUGGACAGAAAGCAGCCAAGACCUCUACACGACGUUUCUGGCUUCAGCCAUCGAUUUGGGGGCUCGAUUGCCGCUGCGACCCAGCGAUGGUGAAGGGUUAGUGGUUCGUCUAGGCAGCUCAAUGCCUUUCUCCACUCAACUUAAGUGGCUAAGAGAGGAGGUUCGCCCUCUAUCCCGCCUUCCCAGCUGCCCGAGGGAGUACAAACGAACGACAUCUGAGCGACUGUUCAGGGAUGCUGGCUUCACUCUGGACUGGUGCAACUUUGAGCUGUACAACACAAUCUACAAAGACCGGACCACCGAGCACCUCGAAUACCUGACCGAGUUGCCCAACAACAGCAAGUCAGCAAAGUCUUUUAAAGCGCUGUCAACCAACGACGCGUGGACUGCUCCCAGCAAGCGGUCGCUGCCUAAACGAAACUACACGGGACAGUUGGCACUGGCCAUGGCUGUUCCGCUGGCGAUGCUGGUGCUUUCGGUCGCUACCUUAACUGGCGUUUUGUUCUUCCAGUAUGCGGCUGUGCGAGAUCCUGAGUCAGAAUAUUUUCUAGAAAACAUUUUCCACGUGUGCAUUGACUAUAGAAAUAGAAAGAGAGCUCACAAAAAUAGUAAAGUGGAAAUCUGUCGGUAUGGCACGGGCAACACAGAUCAAACACAAGUCGCGGAUAACACCAGCAACAAAAGUCUAGGCGUUAGCCCCAACAACAGCCUGGUCAGGCCUUACAGCCCUCGCUCCACCACCAACCUGGCUGGAAACUACAACCGCCCGCAGCCGCCGCCAUACAUGGGCUCCAACACCAAUUCGCUCCACAACCGCCGCUCAGCUAACAUCGAUAAAACUCCUCCCACCAGCCACACUCCUGAACACCGCACUCAUCUCGCUUUGGAAGAAUCUUUGAAGCUUUUAAACGAUGCUAACAUCGCCAAUGACUUUGAUAACCUCAACCUGAUUAAAGAACCAAUCGUUGACUUCAAUGAUGGUACCGACGACUAUGUGCCGAUCAAGACUGAUGGAUACGUGUCAAUGAAGAAUCUUGACGAUAUUGAUGUACCAGACCUGACCAAGUUUGGGAUCGCGGGCCCGAUUUGACAUGAGGUCUCCGUUGACGGCCAGCCGCCGGUCAAGACGUGGUUUUGUUAAACGGGAUAACAUGGUUACAACAAUCCCUGAGCACAAAUAACUCUUGCAUCGCAUUUAAUAAUCGUACUCCUUGCAUAACGGUAGCGACGUCGUUUUAAUUUAAAAAAAAAAGAUUACCUUACCAUAACGAGAACGAUAUUUAUUCGUGCUCAGGGCACAGGAUAGAUUCAGGCACCGACAGUGAAAGACGACAACAGCAAUUUCAAACACGGAUAAAUUCUGCAUCCAUUUCAUAUCAAAAUGAUUUGGAAAACUAAUCUUAAAUAUGGCACCGUAUUACUGGUAGAUUGACAAUAUUACUUAGU